AUGUAACCCUAAACUUUACCCAAUAUUACUACCAAAUCACCAUAAUCCAAACUCAAAACCCUUGACUCAAUGUUAAAUGCUCAAAUCAAAAUCAGAUAACCGAAAGAUAUAGCCUUUAAGACUUUACCGAAUAAUAAAACCAACAUUUCAUUUCUCAAAAAUGAAAAAUUCGAAACUCGUUAAGAUGUAAUAUGAUAUAUAUUUUUCAGUAAUACUACAGUUCACCCUUAUUAACAAAAUCUUAGAUAACCGAAGUUGAGUUAUAAAACAGAUAAAGUAGAAAUGAUUUCUAUUCUUAAAUGCUUAGCGAUAAUCCCUAUAAAUAUAAUGAAUAUAGUGAUAUAGAUUAAGAAUAUAACAGAAGUAUAAAUCAAUAUUGAAGUAUUAGAAAUUUCAGAUAUCAAUGUCAAUUUAUUGGAUAUGAGAAAUAAAGAGAAGAUUAAAGAAUUCUUAUAAGAAUCUGCUACUUUUUCUAAUCAUCUCUCUACUCAUACAUAAAGAUUGAAAAAAGUAAAUGUGCUUACUUAAAGACAAGACGUUAUCAAAUUGGCUUAAUGGUUAGAUUAUUAAAUGUAACAAGUGGUUUCUAAUAAAAAAAUGAUGUAAUAAUAAUAACUAAGAGAAAUUGAAAAGAUAUUUAAUCUUAGUUUAAAAGAGUUAGUUAGAGAAAUAUCAUUAGAUUGUGUUGAAAAAAGGUAUAAUCUCAUCAUUAGGUAGUGUACUAUUAGAGAAAAUAUGGAAUUAAUAUGUUAAUUACAAUACAUUUCUACUUAAAUCAUUAGAUGAUGAAAAGAACAAUCAAGAGAAUGAAUAUUUGUCUUAACUAAAAUCAGUAUUAUAAAUAUUUUUAAUAUUUUAGUUACAUUAAACAUAUUAAAAUUCUGUUAAAUUUUUAGAAGAUAAAUUAAAAUAAAUAGAUGAUGAAUUUAAUUAAUUAAGCACUAAAUUUGACAGAAAGAAGUUUAAACAUAAAAAUAUUAAAGAUAACUUCUUUAGUAUUUAAGAAUAAAAAAAAGAAAUUGAAUAAGAAGUUGAAUAUCUUAAGAAUUAAAGAAGAGAUUUAUUAGAAAUUAAAGAAACACUCUAAAAUUAAGUUGAAAAUUUGACAUAAGAAAAUGAAAGAUUAUAAACUACAAUAUAUUAAAAAUCUUAAGAAUUGAGAACAGCAAAAACAAAACGUUAUUCUUAAAUUUCACUUGAUAGUUGUUGUAGUGAAUAAAAUCACAAAGGAACAACAAUGGAAGAUUUUUUUGAAAUGAUGUCAAUAAAAAAAGAAAAAUAUACUUAGACUUUUGAUCAUGAUAAACUUAAAUUAUCAACAGCUAUCCAAACUGAUAUAAAAUUCAUUUUUCAUUAAGGGACUUAAACAGGUUUAUCUUAUGAUGAUGAGAAUUAUUAACCUCACACUACUGAAAAUAAUGAUUAAAUCAAAAGAUUAUUGGAUUAAAAGUAUGAUUUAGAAGAGAAACUUAAAUUAUCUAAUAAUAUUAUAUCAGAAUUACAAAGAACUAAACAACAUUUAAUGAGAGAAUAAGAAAUUAAUACUAAUAAAUUAACAUCAUAAGUAAUCUAAUUUAUAAUAAAUAGGAAAUUUCAUUAUCAGCUCUCUAAAAGGAAAUAGAAAGACUUUAAUCUGAACUAUAAUCAUUAUUAUAAAGUAGAUAAUAAAAAAAGAGGAAUAUUGUAUCAUUAGAAGAUAAUAAUGGAGAGUAAAUGUCUUUAGGACCAGUUAGAGAAUAAUAAAAGACACCUUCAAAUACAUUAGAAAAAUUAGUAGAUAAAAAUAAUUUAAAUAAUAAUUAAAAGCUAAAACAACAAAAUUAAAUCCAAUAAUAAGAUAAUAUUAUAAAAAAUGUAAAAAAUGAUAAGAUUGAAAAGAAUUAAGGAUAAAACAGUAAUUUCACAAGUAAUAAUGCAAGUUAAAAUAAUUCAUAAAAUUAAACACCUUUAAAUAAAGAACUAUCUAAUAAUACGGCUACAAAAUUAUAGACAUAAAACUAAAACAAUUAAUAAAAUUAAUAAUAAUAAGUUAAAUAAACACUCCAUUAAAAGAAACUUUCAGAUAAUUAAAAAUCAAUAUCUCAUAAUAUUAAUUAAAAUUAAAAAUAAACAAAAAUUUAAAAUAAUAAGAAACCUAAUAUUGAAUAAAUAAAUAAUUAGUCCAAUAAUUAAUAAAACAAUUAAAUUAAUUAAGGAGUUUAGAAAUUAAGUAAUUAUAUUUAAAUAUAAAUAUAUUAGAAUAUGAUACAAAUUAGAUUGCAUAAGAAGAGAAACUUAUAGAGUCAUCAAAUAAAGAUUAUGAUUAACUUAAUUCAUCUCAAAUCAGAAAUACAUUAUUAAAUUUAAAUGAAGUAAUCAAUGAAGAUGAAUAAUUUGGAGAAAAUAUAAUAGAGUAAAAUAAUUAAAAUGAAUAUGCAUUUAAAAGAUCUAGCACUAAAAAAUUGUCAUAUAAAUUUAAUGGUUCAUAACCAAAUUCUUAAAAUAAUUCAGUUUAUGUUAAUCAACGUAAUUUUAAUAAAAUAUUUUAGUUUAAAGAAAAGGAUCUUAUUUAACUCCUGCUGCUCCUGAAACAAAAACUGUUAGAGAUAAGGAAUAAUAAUUAAAAGAAACUGCAUUAGAAUUUAUUAAACAAUUUAUUUAAACAAUUAAGUAUAUUAGUUAUUUAUUUAGUUUAUAACAUCCUGAAAAUAUUGAAUAGACAAUGUAAUUAUAAAGUGUUUUUAAAUUAAUUACUUAAUUUUAUAAAGAAAGAUUAGAGAGAAAAUAACCAAUUUAUGUUAUUUGUUAUGAAUUUUAUAUGAAUACUUUUGGAUUAAAAUAAAUAGCAGAAAAUAAAUUAACUAUGUUAUGUUAAGCAGUUAUAUUUUAUAGAAAUAUUCCAAGAAUUAGAUUAUUUUCUAGAUUUUUAUAAAUUUAAGAUGCAAUUAAUGAUGAAGAUUUGGAUUUCUAUUUUUCAACUCUUAAACAUUUAGAUUUAUAAUAGAAACCAGAAAAUUUAAUUUCAUGUACUCAAAAUUAUGAAUGUGUUUUGAUUUUAUAUGAUAAAGCUUUGGAUUAAUUAGCAUCUCUAGAUGAACAUUUAAUGGAAAUAUAAUCUAAAUUUAAAUCUUAAAUAUAAAUAAUUAAUGGAAAUAGAUAUAUAGAUUUAGAUUUAUUUUUUAUGGAAUCAUUAUAAUAAUUCUAAUUAAUGAAAAAAAUACAUCAAGAUAAUUUUAAAGAAUUAUUUUAAGCAGUUGAUAUUAAUGAUGAUGAUUCAAUAAGUGUAGAAGAAUUUACUAUUUUAUUUAAUUUAAUAGAAGAAGGAUAAAAGAAUUAAUAAAUAUAUAUUAAAUAAUUUAUUGAAACAUGUGGUAAUUCAGAUGGUCUCUCUUUCUAUUAAUUUGGAAUGUUUUGUAUGUCAAAUUAAUUAUUUCAAAAAGAUAAAUAAGAUGCAUUUCUAUAAUAUAAUAAUGAUUAAUACAAAUAAUUAUAAGUUAAAUGGAAUGAAUAGAGAAAAUAAAUAACAAAUAGAUUAAAAGAAAAUCUAGUUUUUACAGAAUAUUAUUAGAAUUUAGUUAGAAAACUAGAUGAUGUAAUUAUUCAAUAUAAAAUAUAUAGUCACUUAAAAAUAAUCAUCCCUAUUCUUGGUUAUUAUGGAGAAUAUUAGAGGAACAAUGCAAAAAGCUUACUUCUUAAAGUAAAUGA